AAACGCUGCUUAAUCUACAGAUACUGUUUUCAUCAAAUUAUGCAUAACUGUGUGCUUCGGAUCUUUUCAUCUAUCCUACUUUUGCUGUGCUCCAAUUCUUCAGUCUGUAUCAAUCAGUUCCUAACUCAAAAUCUGCCAACAUCGAUAAAUGAUUGUUUUUAAUUCGAAUAUGUUUGAUCGAUUUAAUCGGUACUAAUCCGGUCAGAUAGAUCCACUUGUUGGGAUACUUUAAAUAUCAAAACCAACGGUUGAGAUGAAAAGCUGAGCAAGAUGGACGGUUUCAGAGGAUACUCCACAACACUUUCUGCUUGCGCUUAAACCCAACCCAUUUGGUUUCUUCUGUUCGCCAAAUCCCUCGUCCCCGUCUCUUACCCUCUUUCCGUCGCUCCGUCGGACUCUCGUCUCGCAUCUUCGUCGCUCCGUCUACUGUACCUCCCUCGUUCAGCACCCGUGUCGGAGCCUAAAAGCUCCUCCUCUCAUCAUGUCAUGCCAAGCCCGUGAAUCCCAGAUCCCCUUCGAUUCUACUUCCAUCGCGAUAUUCACCUCCUCGUUUUUCUAUUUUCUCUCCACUGAUUGAUUUCUCCCACCGCCACAAUCGCUUAGCAGAGUCUCCACCGCGUCCGUGGUGGCCGCGGCAUGCUCGUCGAGUCGACCACGACGGAGCCACCUCACCGCCGCCAGACAGAAAACCACAAUGCGUUCCUCUGGAAUUAUUGUUCAAUAGGUUCCCUUCAUAUUUGCUCUCUUUUGUCUAUUUCGUGCUAUGAAUUUUAGAUGCGAGAGUGUCGAAGUCUUGUGGAUUGCUUCUAUACUCUUACCUGAUUACUCUCAUUGACUCCAAACAACUGCCCUGAUUCUCUAACAGUUGAUGAGGUUGUAUUCGUGAGGCUUGCUUCUUUCCGUUGGUUCUUGAAUGUGCCUGGUUGAUUAUGCAUUGUUUAAUAUACAGGGGAAGUUCCAAUUAAUGGAUCCCGAUACAAUGUGUCGUUGGCUUGGUAUGUAUAAGAUAAUAUCAAUCUGUGUGGAUUAUAAUACAAUUUGUCAUUGGCUUGAUAUUUAUAGGACGAUAUCGAUAUUUCUCUCCUUCAGUGUGUACUUUAGGUAAUAUACAUUUGGUAUCCUGAACACUAUUCAGUUAAAAAAUGAUAUAAAAGUGAUGACUUUGGUAUUAGAUGCCAGUGUUUUUUGUUUGUGGGAGUCACUUGAUUAAGGAUCAGCUGUCAUGGGUUUUACAGUUUGGUUUUUGUUACUGUGUCAGUUAUUGAGUUAUUAAAGAUCAGCUGUCAUCGGAUUUUACAAUUUUGUUUUUGUUACUACGUCAGUUAUUGGAUUGCAUUUGGUAAUAAUUUGUUACUACGUCAGAUAGUGAUAAGCAUGCUUUUGUUUUCCUGAAAUAUAUGCACAUGUAUCAGAAUUUUGUCUCCAUGAAUGCAACAUUCAUCUAUCGAUUCUUUUUAUGUGGCCUAUAAUUUUGGUAAUAAUUAAUAUGAUAAAAAGCUGACAUGAUCUUUAUGUUCAGAAGAUGUUACAAGGGGAGAAGACUGAAUUGGACUUGUAUAGAAAUGGUGGGAACAACUAUGAUGUGACCCUCGAUGGUUGGAAUAAAUAUGAGGGACUUAAUGGUUAUUAAAAGGACCAUGAGCUUUUCUUUAAGUCUUGCAAUGAAAACACUGAAAGAAGUAUUGAGAUUGACUUAACUAUACAAUCGGCCGUUUGAUUAUCUUAAAUGCCCCAUACUGCUGUCAGAUGCCAAUUUGUUUUUUAACAUGGUAGUAUUUGUCUAUUUGAUUCUUUCUUUUGUAUUUUAACAUGGUAGUGUUUGCUUCUUUCUCUGUUUACACACCCAUCAUUUGCUAAUUCCAUGACUUGGAUACUUUAAUGGUAUUUAUUCCUUGUGGCUUGAACUAAUCUUAAUUUUUACAAAUUGUAUGGUAGGAAGCUUUAAGCUUCUUGGAGCUAUGAGACAUUUAGAUGUUAAAGUUCUGGUUGUGGCUCUAUAUCUUGUUCGAGAAAGGGCAGUCUCUUGGAUAAGGCAUAUAUAUUUAUUUAUAAUUGCUCUAGUUACAGAGUACAUAUUCCUGAUUGCUAGUGGGUAAUGACAACAUAAACCUAACUCACUUCUUAAACUUAAGACUGCAAAUCAGAAGCUGUUUGAAGCCUAAAAAUGUUGUGGUUGCUGAUCAGUUAUUAACUUUUGAGUUAUUUAAGAAGCAAUCAUUGUCAAUCUUAGAGACUCUGUGGUUAUUUGAUAUUUUAUUAUGCUAGUAUUUUCUAAAGUCUUUAUCAUGGAGAGGUGUUAUUUUCAGUUGGUCUGUCUCGGAUGAAAUGACUCAACCUUGCUGCUAAGACAAACCUGGCUGUGCUUUAGGUCUGCUGCAAUCUCUAGAAAGGCAACAUGGACCAACUCUUAAUCCAUAUUUGCUUGUUCCCUCCUUGAUAUAAGGUGCCUGCAUCUUUGCUUUUAUCUUGAAACUUGAUCUGAAUAUGGUUGAUGGUGGACAUAGGCAACAUAAGAGGCACAAACCAGCUCAGUUCAGGUCAAUUCGCAAUAAGAUAAUGCCUCAAAAUCAAAUGAAGGAUCAUCCUGCUUUGAAGAUCAUUGCCUUGAUAGCUGAGCGGGAUAGUGCUAUUCAAGAACGUGAGCUGGCCAUCUCUGAAAAGACAGCUGCUUUGGCUGAGCUUGAUAUGGCUCUGAAGGAACGUGAUGCUGCAUUUGCCAAGAGGGACAAUGCCAUUAUGGAGCGUGACAAUGCAAUUGCUGCCCUUCGCUAUGCCCGUGAGAAGAGCUAUAAUGGUUAUAAUGAACAGGGAUGUUGUUCUUGGUGCACUCCUCCCCUAUGGACAAGUCAUAGCCAUCAAGACGCACAUCUCGAUGUUCAUGAAUCACCACCCCAAUUGGCAGAUGCUCCAUAUGAUCACAUACGACAGAUGCACAUAACUGAGGCAUAUCCAAUCUCAAUGGUAGCUGAUUACAGUGAAAAGGAAAUGAAGGCUAAGAAGAUCACUACCAGCACCCAAGCCACUCCACACAAGAUGUCAUCAAAAUCACCGCGAAAAAGCAAGAAGGGUCGUGGUGAUGAUUCGAACAUGCUGGUCUCACAUGCAAAUAAACAUGGCAAGCUGAAGGGUCAGGAGAUCGUCAGAGGUAAAAAAGAUUUGAAUGAGGUCCCUACGAUGACAGAUACAUGGAGAAACUGUAAUCUGUGCUUUGAUGAGUUCUCUGCUAAUGAAUUGAGUGUGCCAGCGCCAGUGUGCUCCUGCACUGGGAAGUUACGGCAGUGCUAUAGGUGGGGGGAUUUUGGAUGGCAGUCUUCUUGCUGCACUUCGUCACUGUCCAUGUACCCACUUCCUGUCAUGCCCAACAAGCGCCAUGCUCGGAUGGGAGGAAGGAAGAUGAGUGGCAGUGCUUUUAGGAAGUUGCUCAGUUGCCUGGCAGCUGACGGCUAUGAUUUGUCAAUGGCAGUGGAUCUCAAGAACCACUGGGCUAAGCAUGGCACAAAUCGAUACAUCACCAUCAGGUGAUCUAAGAACUCGUGCAAGUACCGUUAUGUACAGCCUUUGAAGAACCAGCUUCAUGGUUGAGAGCAUGCUUUACUAGAGAGGAAAGACCAACUCUUGUUUUGGUAGUUGGUUUCGUGAUACUGUUUGCUCUUUCUAUGUUCUUUACUUCUCAUGUUAUCAAUGUUUUGUUGCUGCCC